AUGCUGGCAUGUAGAGCCAUCUGGCUGGAGGCGGGCCGUGUCACCUGUGACGCACUCUCUCGCUCGCUCUCGACACAUAGCCUCGCCUGCGACUUGCGCCACGCCCGCCGCCUGCCACCAUGCAGGCUGCUGGCAUGCUUCGUGCUGCUGCUGGUUGGAAGGGUUGUGAACAUUGGGCUGCCCUUGGCGUACAAGAAAGUGGUGGACCGGUUGGCAGAGACCGGGGUCGCUGCUGCAGCGGCAGCCAGCGAGAACAUGCUGGCUGCCGCUACUUGGCUGCAGGGCAGCAGCGGGAAGGGCGGCAUUCUGGCCAAUGUGCGUGACCUGCUGUGGAUUCCGCUGCAGCAGGCAAGCCAGCAAGCGAAGCAGGCACCAUUCGGGAUCUUUGAACCUUGUUUCAUCCGUCAAACCAACCCUGCAGGAAAGGUGAUGCGCGUUUUGGACCGAGGGACCUCGUCCAUCCAGGAUGUGAUGCAGGCAGUCCUGUUCAAUAUUGGGCCUCAAAUUCUGGACAUGAUAGCUGCGUGCAUGUUCAUGGCAAUCAAGCUGCAGCCCUGGACAGCCAUCAUCGUGACGGUCACAGUCGUCACAUACAUACCCAUCACGUUCAUCAUUACCGAGUACUGCGGGAAGGUCAGAAAGCAGAUGAACAAGCUGGACAACGAGAAGGAGGGCAAGGCCACAGACAUGUUGCUCAAUUACGAGACUGUUAAGCUCUUCACGUCUGAGCGGUUCGAGCUGGGAUCAUAUGGCCGCGCCAUCGACGCCUACCAGACCCAGGAGUACCUGCAGUUGGCGUGCAUCUCGCUGCUCAAUAUUGCGCAGUCGGUGCUGGUGUUUGUGGGCCUGGCGCUGGGUGAGUGGUUUGUGAGUUUGACUGUGUGCGUCCGCGGUAUUUUGGCGGGCAAACUCAGUGUAGGGGACGCGGUGCUCUUCCUAUCCCUCAUGAACUCGUUGAUGGCACCACUGAGCUUUUUCGGUAGCUAUUAUCGGCAGGUCCAGAAGGGGCUGAUAGACAUGGAGAACAUGUUUGACCUGCUAGCGAGAAAACCAGAGGUGGACGAUGCGCCCGACGCGUGCCAGCUGGAGGUGACCAACGGCCAAGUGGAGUUUGCCAACGUCUCGUUCAGCUACGGCAGGGGCCCGCCAGUGCUGCGAAACAUCAGCUUCGAAGUUCAGGGUGGGCGCACGCUGGCGCUUGUCGGCGCCACGGGCAGCGGCAAGAGCACCGUGCUGCGACUUUUGCUGAGGUUUUACGACCCCACCGCCGGCCGCGUGCUGGUGGAGGGCACCGACAUCUCUCGCUGCACUCAAAGUUCACUGCGCCGCCACAUAGCGGUAGUGCCACAGGACACGGUCCUCUUCAACGACACAAUACGAUACAAUGUCAGGUACGGCCGCACCAGUGCCAGCGACGAGGAGGUGGAGGAGGCGGCCCGGGUGGCGCACAUCCACGCGGCCGUCGUCAGGCGCUUCCCAGAUGGGUAUGACACGCUGGUGGGCGAGCGCGGACUCAGGUUGAGCGGUGGCGAGAAGCAGCGCGUGGCGUUUGCGCGCGCGGUCUUGCGCAACCCUGCGAUUCUGGUACUGGAUGAAGCCACGUCGGCGUUGGACAGCAUGACAGAACGCAUGAUCCAGUCGCUGGCAGGAAUGCGGCAGCAGAACACCACCACCAUCAUUGUGGCGCACCGCCUGUCCACCAUUGCCGAUGCCGACGUUAUCGUGGUGCUGGAGGGCGGCUCUGUGGCGGAGGCUGGGUCGCACCUGGAGCUGCUGCAGCGGGGCGGCCUGUACGCAGCCAUGUGGCAGCGCCAGCAGGAGGCCGGAAGCUUCAGCCAGCACGGAGAGGCAGUGCAGCUGGCAGCAGCAGCGGCUGUUGCUGCCGCGGAUGGGCGGCAAGCAGAGGCGGGGCACAUGCCGUCCCGGGCCCAGUCGCCACUGGAGCCGGAGCUCAGCCGAGCCACAUCAGACGGCACUUUUGCGGAGGAUGGGGAUAUUACCCCUCCCUCCCUCCUACACUUGUAA